UACACUAUCAAUGGGACCCUUUCAGGUCACUAAUUUGCGGUCAUCUUAAGCUCUGGUCCAGACAAACAAACCAUCAUUGCAUGCUUUUUUUUUCCUCCGCCAUUUUCAGUUCUGAGUAACUUGUGAAAGAAAGCUCUCACCUUUUCAUCACACUCCCACUCUUUUCUUCACUUUGCUCCCACCCUUUUGCUCACCCUCGUUGAUCUCUCGUUUACGCCAUCUUGGUCUCCCCAGUUUUCGCCACAGCACUUGUUCCUCUGUUUCCACUGGCGAUGGCGUCGAUGGGUUCUGCACCCUUUCUCGUGGAAGCCAAUGCGGACUUCACUUUGAUGAUGAUGAGGAAUCUCAAGCUUUCUUCGCCUAAGUUUGGCUCUGUGAGUGGUUCAUCGUUUGGACAUUCGGGGGCAAGAGGGAGGGGGCGUGGAAGAGUGAACCAUUUGUGUAGUAGGGGUUUAUUGUGUUUGGUGGAGAAUAAUAAGCGAAUAAGAGCUUCGGGGAUGGGUUUUGGGAUGAGUGAAGAGUCAGAGAAGAUGGUUCAGGGCACAAUUGAGAAGAGUAAGCAGGUUCUUGCUAUGCAAAAGGAGCUUCUUGAAAAGAUUGCUGAAAGAAAGGAACUGGUCAAGUCAAUAAAUAGUGAACUCAGUCUUGAAGAAGGAAACGGUAUUUCAGAUGAGCACAGCAAUGAAUCCCUGUUAAGUACUGUUGAGAACCAAAAUGGUGGCACUGUUUCAAGCCAUGAAUCGUUGUUAAGUAGUGUUGAGAACCAAAAUGGUGGCACUGUUUCAAGCAAUGAAUCGCUGUUAAGUAGUGUUGAGAACCAAAAUGGUGGCACUGUUUCAAGCAAUUACGUCCAAUCUAAUGAGAAAGAAAUACCAGAUGUCUCGGUUUUAGGCAUUGAUCGUGGUAUUGAUAAAUGUGAAGAGGAUGAUAAAUUGUCUCUUGCUGAAAAGGCUUUAGCUACGCAAUAUCUUGAUGAACUGUUGAAUAGCAAUAGAUAUGAGACAAUUGCCCCUGAUACCGUUGCCCCUUAUACCGAACCAAUCGAAAUCCCAAUUGGCACCAGACCCACCAAUCAUAUUAUUGAAAUACUAGAAGGUAUGAGUGAAUCAAGUUUAGUUGAGGUUGCUAAUGAAGCUGACAUUGUUGAGAGUGAAGGUGAAAAAGCCCCACCAUUGGCUGGGGAAAAUGCUAUGAAUGUUAUAUUGGCCGCAGUAGAAUGUGCUCCCUGGUCAAAAGCAGGUGGGCUUGGAGAUGUUGCUGGAUCAUUACCUAAGGCUUUGGCUAGGCGUGGACACAGGGUUAUGGUUGUAGCACCUCGAUAUAGUAAUUAUGCUGAAGCACAAGAGAUUGGAUUACGGAAACAGUACAAAGUGGAUGGUCAGGACAUGGAAGUAACAUAUUACCAUGCUUUUAUUGAUGGUGUUGACUUCGUUUUUCUUGACAGUCCAAAUUUCCGCAAUUUACAGAAUAACGUAUAUGGUGGAAACCGAAUGGAUAUUCUAAAACGCAUGGUGUUGUUUUGCAAGGCAGCUGCUGAGGUUCCAUGGCAUGUUCCAUGUGGUGGUAUUUGCUAUGGAGAUGGAAAUCUGGCCUUCAUUGCAAAUGAUUGGCAUACUGCAUUGCUGCCUGUGUACCUGAAGGCAUAUUAUCGUGACAAUGGUUUGAUGAAGUUCACAAGAUCUGUUCUUGUGAUUCAUAACAUAGCACACCAGGGUCGUGGCCCGCUUGAUGAAUUCCGUUACACGGAUUUACCGGAGCACUACAUAGACCUCUUCAAAUUUUAUGAUCCGGUUGGAGGUGAGCACUUGAAUAUCUUUGCGGCCGGCAUAAAGGCAGCCGACCGGAUUGUCACCGUGAGUCAUGGAUAUGCAUGGGAGAUCAAAACUUCUGAAGGUGGUUGGGGUUUGCACGGGAUCAUGAAUGAGAAUGACUGGAAACUGAGGGGAAUUGUCAAUGGAAUUGACACCAAAGAUUGGAAUCCCAAGUUUGAUGUUCACCUGAAAUCAGAUGGAUACACCAACUACACCAUUGAGACCCUGCAACACGGCAAGCGCCAAUGCAAAGCCGCCUUGCAGAGGGAGCUCGGAUUGCCGGUUCGUGAGGAUGUUCCAUUACUCGGAUUCAUCGGAAGGCUGGAUCAUCAAAAGGGCAUCGAUCUCAUAGCCGAAGCAAUUCCAUGGUUGAUGGGUCAGGAUGUGCAACUUGCAAUGCUGGGAACAGGAAGGCCUGACUUAGAAGAUAUGGUUAAGCAACUUGUGUCCCAACACAGUGACAAAAUCAGAGGAUGUGUUGGGUUUUCUGUGAAGAUGGCUCACCGGAUAACAGCCGGCGCAGACAUAUUGCUCAUGCCAUCAAGAUUUGAGCCAUGUGGAUUGAAUCAACUCUAUGCCAUGAAUUAUGGAACAAUCCCUGUUGUGCAUGCUGUUGGUGGAUUGAGGGACACUGUGACACCUUUUAAUCCAUUUGAAGAAUCUGGUCUUGGAUGGACUUUUGAUUGUGCAGAAACUAAUAAGCUAAUAAACGCAUUAGGGAACUGUUUGAUGACCUUUAAGCAGUUUAAGCAUAGCUGGGAAGGGCUACAACGGCGAGGAAUGAUGCAGGAUCUGAGUUGGGACAAAGCUGCUCAGCAGUAUGAGGAGGUUCUUGUUGCUGCCAAGUACCAAUGGUGAAAAUUUGGCUUCUACUCAACCUCAGAAGAUUCAUCCAUGUGAGUGCACUCAUGGUGCUGAGUUUCAUCAAUGUGAGUGCAUUCAUGGUGCUGAGUUAUAUCAUGGUCUGUGCAAGGGAAAUGGAUUGUGUUGUUGUGGCCAAGUUGUUACAACUUUCUUGAUGCCGGUCCUGGAGGAACAUUUUUGGCCCUUAACUAAGGUUUAUGUAAUAAUCACUUGUUAUAUAUGUCAUCUCUGGCACAUCUAGUAUUGUCCUUUUUCAAUAAAGAAAGAAAAAACAAAAUAAAGAAUAGAGUAUUAGCCCUUUAGAUAGAUGAAUUCUAUACCUUUCAAUGUUGCAGUGGUGUGUCUACAACUAUGUUACAUAGCAGUAGCAGAAUAAUGAAACUUGUAGUGUGUAGAUGCUUACUUGUCUUCUUUAUAAUCAUUUUAGAAUUGAAAUAGUGUCUUUUAUUUUUGUUCUAA